GCGGCCGGGCUGGGACCAGGCGGCGGCUCGCGGAGGCGAUUCCCUGAGCGCGAGGCGCGGACUCCGCUGCCCCGCGGCCCGCCCGCCCGCCGGCCUCGCCGCCGCCUCCCUCGCUCCCUGAGCGCGCCGAGCGCGGGCCAGCGGCCGGGGCGGAGGCCCAGGGCGACGCGGCGCGGACAGGGAGGGAGGGCGGGCGGGCGGGCAGUGGGAGCGCCGGUCUCUAUAUGGCGGCGGCUCUGUCGGGCCUGGCUGUCCGGCUGUCGCGCUCGGCCGCCGCCCGCUCCUAUGGGGUCUUCUGCAAGGGGCUGACCCGCACGCUGCUCAUCUUCUUCGACCUGGCCUGGCGGCUGCGCAUCAACUUCCCCUACCUCUACAUCGUGGCUUCCAUGAUGCUUAACGUGCGUCUGCAGGUUCACAUUGAGAUCCACUGAACGGUCUCCCGGACCCACAGAGGCGGGAUCGUGCUCGUGCGCCCAGGAGCCCCAAGCAUGAGGUUCGGCAGAGGGACCCUGGGCGCCUGCCUGGCCCGCGUCGAGGCGGAGGCGGAGGGAGGAGACUGGGCGGCGCUGCCUUCCCUGCUGAAUUCCCAGAGCGAGGCGCUGGCGUCGGGAAGGAGAGAGGAUCCGCGCGGGGCCGGCCUCUGGCCUCACCAAGUGCUCCCGGACUCCCGAGAACCUGGGGGAAGAGACACAGCUGUCGCCUGGGCUGGACUGGUCGGCAGGAGGGCGCAGGGCCGCAGACAGCGCCCCCAAGGAGAGCGUGGGGCCUGGGCGGCGCCGCUGCUGAGGGACCCGAGCCGUGUGCGGGAAGCGCCUCGGCCGCUCUGCGGGUGUUGCGGCGCCCGGCCCCGGCGCCCUGGGGACCAGCAGAUGCAUCUCGCCGGCGCUGAGGCACCCGCACGGCAAUAAAAAUAGCGGGAUUACUUUUCCGGCUGGCCCAGGAUGGUUUCUUUCGCAUUAAGACUGGAUGCCAACAGCACGGCCCCUGCCGAAUCCCUGCUCGGGUGCGUGUGAGCGGCGCCCGCGAGUCCGGCGGACCCACGGAGAGGCCGGCCACGCGGUAGGAGCUCUGUGGGGACCCGGGAGGCCGCGGCCGGACUGCAGCUGCGCCCGGCUGGGUGCGGGUGUGCGGCUGCGCCCGCCUGCACGGACACCGCUUCUUCGCACCUGCGGGGAACGGGGACCGAGGCCCUGCGGCGAGCGCGUGGCCUGAGGGGCGCUUUCACGCCCAGGUUUUUCCCUUCGUCGUCCGUGGAUAACUUUAAUAAAGGUCAUUUCAGAAGAACGUGCGUUUUUAAAGACUCCGGCAGUGAGCCUGAGGAGCCGUGUGCGGGGCGGGGGGUUAUGGAGUGCAUCUAUCGAUUGACGGUGUGUGCCGACGCCUGCGCCGCGUGCUGUUUUAGUGUUUGGGGGAAAUGAGAAUUAAAACCUGUUCUUUAGCAUAAUAAAUAUGUCUUAUUUUAAGUGUC